AUGGCGGGGAGGGACAAGAGGCGGCGAGCGGCGCCGCUCGAAGGCGACGAGCAGCAGUUGCGGCGGAGGCAGGAGGAAGCGGCGCUCCUCCUCCGCAGGAUCAAAGAAGUAGCAGUUGUUGACCGUGCCAUCAACGAUAUCUGCAUACUCUUCAAGUGCAGUCGGCACAAUCUCAAUGUGGUAGGUUCCUGUAGUGAAAGGGUAUGA